UUUAAAUUAUUAAUAGUGUUUGCAUGCUAUGUGACUGCUUUGCUGAAGAACGUGGUACCGGAAAAAAAUAAUUAUUUAAUGCUAAGAAAUUAUACGUUUUUAUAACUUAUAGUCGGCAAAUAAUUACUUUAGUCAGUAUCAAGUGAAACAACUUAAUCUAAGCAAGGUUUUCUAGUAUCUUGAUAAGAUUAUAUGUUUUUCUACCAAGUCCGAUGUAGAUAAACUAAUGAGUUUAAUAAAUGAUUUCAGAAGUUAAUUGACAGUUAUGAAGAUAAAUACUAGUGUUUCUUUGCAUAAAAUGUAUUUAAAAUUAGUUAUAGUUUAUUUAGUGUGUGCAUUAUCUCGGAUUGAAGCAGCAAAUAUUUUAGGAAUUUUUCCUGUACCAUCCAUCAGUCACCAGGUGGUAUUUAGAAAAAUAACUCAAGGUUUGGCAAAUAGGGGUCACAACGUGACCGUCAUAACACCAGACCCAGCUUACAAGAACGGCGAAGCACCUCCUAACUACCAUGAAAUAGACGUCCACGAUAUUUCUUAUGGAGUUUUACAAAAUAUUAUAAAACAGCAAGUACAAGUCUUUGGAGAUGUUAUGACAUUUUCUGACGUAAGGGGAACUUCUAUGUUCAUGAGGGCGAUAUUUCGAGCACAGUUGGAAACAGAAGCAGUGCAGAAAAUAAUAUCUGAGAGGCCUAAAUUUGAUUUGAUUUUAAUAGAAUCAAUUAAUCGUCUGGGUUUAUCGUACUCGCAUCUAUUUAAGGCACCGGUUAUAUUAGUUAGCUCAUUCACAGCUGUUUUCGAUAAUCAUAAUGUUAUGGGAUCUCAAACGCAUCCUUUUUUGUAUCCAAUAUCUUUUCGUGAUCGGAUUUACAAUCUCUCUCUGACUGAAAAGUUAAAACAAUUAUAUAUCCAUUUUUAUGUUGAAUACGCAGAUUAUUUAAAUCGAAAAGAAGAAAAUUCUUUUCUAAAGGAAAUUUUCGGGCCUCAAUGUCCAUCGCUGAAUGAAAUGAAUAAAAAUGUUGACAUGUUGCUUUUAAAUAUUCAUCCUAUGUGGGUAGACAAUCAGCCUGUUGCUUCCAAUGUAAUUUAUAUGGGUGGUAUACAUCAGUUACCUGAAAAAAAACUACCACAGGAACUUCAAAAAUAUUUAGAUUCAUCUAAAAAAGGAGUCAUUUAUGUGAGUUUCGGAACCAACGUGCUGUCGCAAGUUUUUCCUGAAGAUAAACUUAAAAUUAUUAUCAAUGUUGUAUCAAGACUUCCUUACGAUAUACUAUGGAAAUGGGAUAAGGAUGAACUACCUAUAAAAGCCAGCAAUAUCAAAUUAUCAAAAUGGUUGCCACAAUCUGAUUUAUUAAGGCACAAGAAUGUUAAACUAUUCAUAACACAAGCUGGUCUUCAGUCUACCGAUGAAGCCAUUACAGCAGGAGUUCCUCUGGUUGCGAUUCCAAUGUUAGGAGACCAAUGGUUUAAUGCUGAGAAAUAUGAAAAGUUCGGUAUCGGUAUCAAAUUAGAUGUUAAGACCUUGACAACGGAUCAACUAUCCAAAGCCAUUGAGACCGUUAUAAGUGAUGAAAGCUAUCGUCACAAUAUAUCAAAACUUCGAGGUCUAAUGCAUGAUCAGCCCGAACCACCUCUUAAUCGCACCAUGUGGUGGAUUGAAUAUGUAUUAAGACAUGGUGGCGCAAAACAUUUACGAUCGGCUGGAGCUAAUAUGUCAUAUUGGGAAUAUUUUGAAAUGGAAUUAAUAUUAGUGAUUCUCUUAGGAAUAUUUAUAAUUGUAGCAGGGAUUUCUGUAGUAGGUUUUAUGCUUAUACAUUUUAUUUCACAAUUUUCCAAAACUACGAAGAAAUUAAAAACAAAUUAACAUCUUAAAUAUAUUUAUUCAUAUUCUAUGUUAAUUUUUUUUUGCCAUAAUGUAAUUUUACAUGUGAAAUAAAAUAAUGAUUGUAAUAUUGUAAUUAUUCAUAUUUAGAUAUUGUUUCAAGAUUACAAAGCCUUAAGUUAUGAAAAGUGACUCUUCUAAUAGAAAUCAUCAGAUCGAAGUGAAAACAAUGUAAUGUCUUUGACUGAUAAGUUUUAUAACAAACAAUAUAAUCAAAACAAAUGUUCUUACUUAAGGACGUGUUACACUCAUGCCAUCAGAUAAUGUAAUGCAUUUAAAUAUUACACAAAUAUUUAAAAAUAUAUUAUAACAAAGUAUUACAGAAGAUUAUUUAGUUUUGCUGUACCGCCACAGUGAAGGUUAAAUCGGAAUAUUUUUUUAUCAUACUUAAUGGUUACAGACAAAUAGUGGCCUGGUACUGAACAUGUUUGUUUUAAAGUCGUUUAAUAUUAUAAUAAAUAACUAUCAGAACAAUUGUAUUAAAUCAAAAUUUUGAUUACGAUAACCAUACAUUGAUUGGUCAUGCCAAUGUCAUGCUUAUAACGUGACCAGUUAUCAAUUAUAUAAUUCAUCCUUGAAGAGAUAUGAUAAAGCAAAUAUUUAUGUUUUUUGUUUAGUUAAGCCCUCUCAUUUAUAUUAUUUGACAACUUUAAUUGUAUAUAGCCAUACCUAAGCCAAUACAAAUAAAAAACAUUAUUAUUUCGGCGUUUAACCAGUAAUUAAAUGAAUUAUAUCGGUCAGGCUAAUUUCUAUAUCCUCAUUUUAAAGAGUUUCUUUGUAUGAAUUCAAAAUUGAUUAAAGUUUUCUUUUAACAUGAAAUAAAAA